GGGUUCGAGGCGUCGGCUAGCCAGGCAUUCAUGUCGAGUGGUUUUACCAACCCAUCUGUAAGGGUGGAAGAGGGUCUAGACGCGUCAGGUGAGGAAGCUGACAGUGAAGGGUGUCGCGCUGUCGCUCUGCGACACGAAGCAGCGACCACACACCACACCGAGGACAGCCACCCCAACGUGCAGGAUGUACAUACCGACAAGGCUGGACAACUAAAAAUGCCGACUCACAAGCGGAUGGAGGCCGGUCACGGSACCAUGGAACGUCGCUGGUACCGCAAAAAGGCAGAAAAUCCAGUGAGGAUUAGCAGCGGCGUUGCGAGCGGCACUGAGUGGCAGAAGACCGAUCAGCAAAUCGCAAGGCGAUCUUGGGAAGCCGGCAACCCAUGGAAGAAAGGACCACCAGCGAUGGCUUUUGAGCAACGUGCGCGGUACUGCCGAGGAAUGGGUGAAAGGGCGUACCUGGACUUAAAGCUCCGUAAAGAUUCGGGAAGGGAGGGGGCGUCUCCUUCUGGAAAGGUGGAGAGGCACACGGGGUUGGGAAGGCAGGAAUGGGGACGGGCGUGGAGUGAUCAGAGGCGCGCCUCACGAGUCGAGAAUCAGAAUUCAGCCAGACGGGACAAGGGAACAAGAAACGAUAGCAACCAGCCUGGAGCAGCAGCAAGCAGCAAGCAGCAGGAGCAGGAGCACAGGUCGGUAGCAGUCGGGCAGCGGGUGAAAGGGCAAACCCCUCCUCAUGGUUCUGGUUCGGCGUAUCCACAAGCUGGAAGUUGUGACCUUGCACCGGCCGAGGUAUAA